GAGAGAGAGAGAGAGAGAGAGAGAGAGAGAGCUUUGAGAAUAUGUGAUACUCUGUUUCAUUCUCUUAUACAAUUUGCUUGUAAAAUUUAUUCAAAUAUAUAUUUAUCUCGUGUGAAUCCAAUGGAGGCCGGAAGGCAUUUUCUUUCUUCAUCGUCAGCAUUUCCAUCGACAACCCAACUCAGGCAUCCUCUUCCUCCUCCUCCUCCUACUUCAGUCUUGAUGCGUCAUGAGCAAGCAACUCCCGCAGUUGCUUCUCUGCCUACUACAUUUAUAACUCAACAUUUUCCUACUUCAGUUCUUUUACAAGAGCAGCGCGACGAGUUCAAGCCUCUAAUGCAUAUAUUUAAGGAAGAAAAAACAUCUCAGGCGAUAUUAGAUCGGGUGCAGAUAGAGAAUACCACUGCUGAGGAAGAUUUGAAAAUAGAUGAGAUUUACAAGUUGGUCAAAGAUUUUCACCAGUUGCAUGUUGCGCCCUUACAAACAAGCGAAAAUUUGCCUACCACUCUGGCUCUGGAAUCUAACACCAAUGCUAAUAAGCAUAUGGACGUCGAGCCAUGUGAUGCAUUGACCCUAGCUAAAAAAGCUUUAUCAGCCUCAAUAGAAGCGGCCUCUAUAGCUGAAACCUGCAAACCAAUCGGUGCUGGUCUUAAUGAGUCUAUUUCUCUGGGUUUGGGGUGGCAGGAGGAAACUGUAAGGGCAACUCGACUUCUAGAGAGGCGGCGCAAGCGACUCAAGAAAAGGAAUUUGCUCAACUCAAAAGAUCCAGUUCAUGAGACUAGCAGUUCUAGAAGUUCAGAUGUACGGAGAAAAUAUAGUGAAGGAUUAAAUUCUAAUGAUCCCCUGCGAUUAUUCUUGUGGGGUCCUGAAACAAGACAACUUUUAACACUUAAAGAAGAGACUGAGUUGAUUGCCAAAGUUCAGGAUGUAUUCAAGUUAGAGGCAGUGAAGAGUAGCCUUCAAUUUCAGUAUGGCCGUGAACCAACUUUAAUUGAAUGGGCUAAAGCUGUAGGCAUUAGUUGUCAGAUGUUGCAAUCACAGCUUCGUUCUGGUACAAGCAGCCGUGAAAAAUUGAUCUAUGCUAACUUACGUAUGGUAGUGCACAUUGCUAAACAGUAUCAAGGUCGAGGUCUUGGCCUUCAGGAUUUACUGCAGGAAGGAAGUAUGGGUCUUAUGAAAAGUGUUGAGAAAUUCAAACCCCAAGCUGGCUGUCGAUUUGCUACUUAUGCAUACUGGUGGGUGAAACAAACAAUUAGGAAGGCUAUAUUUCAACAUUCCAGGACUAUCCGCUUGCCGGAGAAUGUAUACACCCUCCUGGGGAAGGUAUUGGAGGCAAAGAAAUCAUAUAUGCAGGAAGGGCAUCAGAACCCAAGCAGAGAAGAAUUAGCAAGACGAGUUGGAAUGUCGGUUGAGAAAUUGGGAAAAUUGCUAUAUUGUACAAGAAUGCCUGUUUCAAUGCAACAAACAGUGUGGGCAGACCAAACUACCACUUACCAGGAGGUAACUGCUGACACUGGGGUUGAGAUCCCAGAUGUGACUGUGGCAAAGCAGCUGAUGAGGCAACAUGUGCGCAACCUCCUACACACUCUUGAAAAAAGAGAGAGACAGAUAAUCAGGCUAAGAUAUGGUAUUGAAGAUGGUAAGCAGAGAUCACUAUCAGAGAUUGGUGAAAUUUUUGGAUUGUCUAAGGAACGGGUACGGCAACUGGAGAGCCGUGCAUUCCUGAAGCUCAAGGAAUCACUUGGCAGCCAAGGACUUGGGGCUUAUGCUCCUUUGCUUAUGUAGAAGUUCUCGUCUGGCUAAUUAUCUACUCCAUCGAUUCAGGUUUCUGGUAUCUUUUAAGGAAAUCUGGAGUUCAGUUGUUGAGCUCUCCAGUUUUUGAGGUGAAUGUAUAGAAAACCAUGGCUUGGAAUAUGGAGAGUGCCCAAUAUGUUAGGUUGAAGGGUUGAAUAUAUGCUGGCUUAGGCUAGAUCUUAUGCUGUCAUGACAGCUUCCUUUCCUUUUCUGGAGAAGUGCUGGAACUACUGUAAGUCAUUGUAUAUCUCUCACAUCCCUGUUUGAAGACAUCACUCCAAAAUGAGUGGUCGAUGCUUUUCUAUUGUAUCUAUUUGCACAGAAUUUACCCAGUC